AUGAUUUCCAAUAUUGUUCCUGAAGACGCUCGUUAUCUCAGCUCGACUCAAUACCGCUUGUGGUCCUUUACACCCGCUGAUCUGCAAGCGCUGCGAACAACAACAAAUCAAUUCGCAGCAGACCGCGUACGCGAAGCUGUUCGACGAGCUCGAGAGGCGCGUGCUUUGUCCUCCGCCGAUGUCAGCGAUGCCGAUCCGGAAAGUAAGAGCAGAGGGGCAAGCGCCUUGCCAGAGGGAGAGGUGGACUGCCUGACUGUGGAGGAGGAAUUGAAGCUCAUAACAUAUUUCUGCAGGCAGACACUUCAAUUAGGGGAUCACUUGAAUCUGCCAACUGAUGCAACGGCAGUUCAAUAUAUAAAACGCUUCUACACUACUAAUUCUCUUAUGACUUAUGCACCGGACACUAUCCUACGAACCGCAUUGUUUUUCGCUACCAAAACCGAAAACCACUACUUCAGGCUCAGCAAGUUCGCAGAAGCUAUUGCCAACACCAAACCGGAAGAUGUCCUUGCCAGCGAGUUCCUUCUUACGCAAGGCCUACGGUUCACAUUCGACGUUCGACACCCCUUCCGAGCUUUAGAAGGAGCGGUAAUGGAGAUGGGAGCCAUGGCGCAAGGGGCAGUUCCUUACAAUGAAUCCGCAGGUUCGCAACCGCAAGACAUGAGCCGCAGAGUUAAAAUAGCACAUGGUGUGGCAAGAGAUCGCCUGAAAACCAGCGCUCUUCUUACAGAUGUCUAUUUCCAUUUCACACCUAGCCAAAUAAUGAUGGCAUCCCUUCUACUUGCAGACGAGGAGCUCAUUCAUUGGUAUAUUGCGUCAAAAUUUGGAACCGAAGAUCCUAUGGCCCAGAAGAUACUAAUUGUGCUCUCUGAUUGCGCGGGAAUGUUACAGACGAUCGAACCUGUUGCUGCUGGACCUACUACGGAAAGGAAAGCCAUCUCAGCUCUAGCUAAGAAACUGAAAAAAUGUCGGAACCCAGAGAAAAUUGAUCUUGUUGCACUUCAAAAAGUAAAGCGAGAGGGUGAUGGAGUUGAGGAUGAAAAGGUGAUCAAAAAGAGAAAGAUGGAAAGAGAAAAGGUCGCAAGAGAAGCGGAUGAGUUGUUUGGCCCGGGCCUUACAACUGGUUAA